UGAAGUGGUCCAAUCGACUUAAUGUGGGAUGCGAAAGUGUAGUUACGAUAAAUCGAAAGAAAUGAAAAAAUUUGAUAGUAAUUGCUCCAAUUAUUUUUGAUACUUUCUACUCGUCUUGCCGCUUCUUCUUCUUUUUUUUUCUUUUUUCUUUUCUUUGGUUGUUUUUGGACAAUCCUAAUUCCAUUACAAGGUAUACCGAUGAAUAACUCCCUACCUAAUGACGGAUCCCAAACUCUCAAAAGACAUCUUCUCGCCUCCGUACAAAAAGCUUCGCCGACUUCUCAACUGUCUUCACGCCAUAUGCUGCUGCUAUCUCGAAUUCGUCUCUAUACACAUUCCAUUGCCCGCUCUUCGCUCUUCCCCCGUUCCCAUCUCUAUCUCAUUCUCCACCACUCCAUGAUUCGCAAAUCUCGCAAGACUUAUUAUAUAGACGGUGCAAAUAAGAGUAAAAAGAAAAGUACACCUGGACCAGACCCAAUGCUGCCCUUCGUGACCAUCCUGCGCCUUGCUGCGCUGCACAUCGAAAGUGGUGUAGUAUGGUGUCGUAAUGGAAUGUCAGACAUAAGAAAAAAAAAAGGAAAUAAUAAAAUGGAAAUGAAAAAAAUGAAAAAGAAAAAAGGAAAACAAGUCCAACCUAAAAAUCAAGACCAGUAUCCGUCUGUCGUUUUUUCUUCUAUCUCAACUCCUGCUCGGUUGGUCAUAAUGGACAUGGUGCUCCAAUCAGUGCCGCGGUUCUUCUAUUGAGUGGUAGGUGUUUAUGACAUGGAAGUGGUGAAUGUAUGGAGUACAUGGAUUCGCUAUUUGUUUCCAAACCAGAGCGUUGUCGCCUCGAACGGUCCAUCGUCUUUCUCUAGUCAAAGGCCCUGCAGCUCGCAAUUGCCAUGUAGUCUCUGGCCAAGCCACACGGUUGC